UUCACUCCCUCAAACUGCGCUGCUGGCUUCUCUGUCACACAGGACCCAGGAUCUCCAGAUAUUUAAAUGAAAGGGGUGGGGGGGGUAUGGACACGGAGACUCUGGGACGGGGGUCGCUCGGUCACGCGGGGUUUCCAGGCUGUAGUGUAGAACUUCCCAGUCCGUCCGCGAGAUCGUACCCUCGGCAUCGCUGAAGUGAAGGGGUCUUCGCCGGUGGGGGGGAGGGGGCUCCUUGUGGACCGUCGAUGGAUCUGAACCCACAACCCUGCGGUACCCGUCUGUAGCUCGUACGAAGGGAGACGCGGCGAUCGGCGGCGGGGACGGUGCGUCUGCAGCCAUGAGCGCAGGGACCACCAACUUUCUGCUCGUGCCCAUCCCCGAGCACCCGCUCCAGGAGUGCGCGCCCGACGACGACAAGGACGUCAAGAUCGUCGUUCUGGGCGCGAGCAAAGUCGGAAAAACAGCUUUGAUCGUGAGGUUUCUCACCAAAAAAUUCAUCGGGGAUUAUGAACCUAACACAGGAGCCCUAUAUGCAAGGAAAAUCACCCUGGAUGGAGAGGAGGUGACCCUGAAGGUUCAAGACACCCCUUGCGUAGCCCUGCAGGACGAUGGUGAGGGCCUCGUGUGCCAAGAGCAGAUCAACCGCUCAAUCUACUGGGCCGACGGCUACGUGCUGGUCUUCUCCAUCACGGACUCGGCCAGCUACCGUACAGUCCUGCCCCUCUAUGACCACGUGCGACGCAUCCAUCCCAGCGGCGGCAUCCCCAUCAUUCUGGUGGGCAACAAGAGCGACCUGCUCCGGGCACGACAGGUGCCGACCGACCAAGGGGAGACGCUGGCAGCUCAGCUGGGUGGGGUCUAUUUCGAGGCCUCUGCCCGGGAGAGCAACGAAGGGGUGCAAGCUGCCUUCCUACACCUGUGCCAGGAGGUGAGCCGGGCGGUGGGCGGAGCCAAUGGCGAGAAGAGGCGGAGCGGGCUCCACUUGGCCAGGCCUAAGUCGCCCAACAUGCAGGAGCUGAAGAGGCGGUUCCGCCAAGUACUUUCCUCUAGGGUUAAGUCCGCCACCACCUGAUUUGGGCUCCUUCAGAAAAGAGUGAAGCGUUUCCACCCUGGAGAUUUCCAGCAUCACAGAGCUCCUUGGAAGGACAGAUACAGAGAAGCAAGGCAGCCUGUUUGUUUGGACUGAGAGCAAACCCUGUCUGGACCAUACGACUCAGAUCUUCAGAGUGACGCUUUCCACAUUGUUCAGUGUUAAGUGAGAGCAGAGGUCUGACAGCGAGGAGUCAGAGGGGUCUGCGUCGAAAAGUACUUAUUUCAGCACCAUUAACUGCCUUUCCUUUCCGUAUGUCUCGGCUCCAUUGAGAUCUGGGUGAGUGGCCGCUGAUCUCCUUCCCAGAGUUAUCCUCCCAGAACAUCGCUUUCUGUCCAGACUCUCAGCGCCAGAAACCAGUUGACCCAGGAUGAUCUCUGUUUCCCAUGGAACUGUGGUUUACUGCGCUUGUACUUUUUUUAGUGACACGGCUGCCUGUUCUCACUGCAGUCUACUUGAGAACACAGAGCAGCCAUGUGACAUCGGUCUGACACAGCUCCUUGUCCGAACCCUAUUUAUUGUCCAUCUCCAUCAGCUCCGCAUUACACUCUCCUGUUCCGAACACUGUCGACUGUCUGCCCAGUUUUAUAUUCCUGGUGCCGAGCCUUGUUUACCUUCAGUUUGAUCAGUGUUACAAUCAGUUCUUCAGUUCUGAGGCCUACCUGCUGUCCAUGAUCACCAUGUUCUGUACCUGUUUUACACUGUCUGGCUGCAGUGUUACAGUGCUCAUCGCAGAGGCCUACUUACUCUCAUGAUCAGUGUUCCUGCUCAUAACACCCCCC